UUGGCCGCUAUAGCCUCCGAAUGAAAAGGCCCAAGUAGAGAAACCUCCUUCGCAAGUACCUUCAGUUCUCUCAGCUCUCUCUCUCCGACAAAUACUGUUUUCUCCUCCUUCCAAAUCUUUCUUCCGAAGUUCUUCAAGUUUUCAACUAUGGUGCUCGAGGCUACGAUGAUCUGUGUUGACAAUUCUGAAUGGAUGCGCAACGGUGAUUACUCUCCUUCUCGAUUUCAAGCCCAAUCAGACGCUGUUAGUCUUAUUUGCGGUGCUAAAACUCAGUCUAAUCCUGAAAAUACUGUUGGAGUUCUCACGAUGGCCGCCAAGGGAGUUCGAGUUUUGGCUACCCCUACCAGUGAUUUGGGCAAAAUCCUAGCUUGUAUGCAUGGUCUAGAAAUAGGUGGUCAGAUGAACCUAGCUGCUGGCAUUCAGGUGGCACAGUUGGCUCUUAAGCAUCGGCAGAAUAAGAAGCAGCAGCAAAGGAUUAUUGUCUUUGCUGGAAGUCCUGUCAAGCAUGAGAAGAAAAUGUUGGAGUUGAUAGGCAGAAAGUUGAAAAAGAAUAGUGUAGCUCUUGACAUUGUCAACUUUGGUGAAGAAGACGAGGGGAAGACAGAGAAGCUGGAAGCACUCCUUGCAGCUGUAAACAAUAAUGAUAGUAGCCACAUGGUUCAUGUUCCACCUGGUCCAAAUGCUCUAUCAGAUGUACUUAUAAGUACACCUAUUUUUACUGGUGAUGGAGAAGGUGGAAGUGGUUUUGCCGCUGCAGCAGCAGCAGCAUCUGCAGGCGGUGUAUCUGGAUAUGAUUUUGGUGUGGAUCCAAACUUGGACCCUGAAUUGGCUCUUGCUCUGAGAGUUUCAAUGGAAGAAGAGAGAGCCAGGCAGGAAGCAGCUGCGAAAAAGGCUGCAGAGGAUGCUUCCAAACAAGAGAAAGGUGGUGGGCAGCACGCUAUUUCCCAGGAUGCAACUAUGACUGAGAAUAAGACAAAUGAUUUGUGGAAACAGGAUGACGAGAGUGCUCUACUACAACAGGCCCUUGCAAUGUCAAUGGAUGAUCCUGAGGUUAGCCAUGAUGUAAGAGAUACAGAUAUGUCUGAAGCAGCUACAGAUGAUCCUGAAUUGGCCCUAGCUCUCCAAAUGUCAGUAGCAGACAGCGCCAAGGAUUCAGCCAGCCAGACAGACGUGAGUAAAUUGUUGGCAGAUCAGUCCUUUGUAUCUUCUGUCCUUGCAUCGCUUCCUGGGGUUGAUCCAAAUGACUCAUCCGUUAAAGAUUUGCUGGCUUCCAUGCAAAGUCAGUCUGACCAGAAGAAUGAAGAGGAGCGACCAAAUGAGGAGGAGGAGAAAUAAUUCAAGUCUCUUUGCAGUUUCUUAUUCUCUGUUCCUUUGACAGACAUAUUGGUAUUGGUAACAUGUUGGAAGGUGGUUGGGGCAUUACUUACUUCACUUGCAUUCCAGUAAUCAAAUUUCCCCAGCUUAUUUGAACAAAUGUACGUCGCUUGAUUAGGUUAGAAGCCUGUUGUUAAUCAGAGCACAAAGAAAGAACAUACAUAUACAUUGUUUUACGGUCAAGGAUACUGCAUGGAAAUGUUCGUCAUUGUCAUUAUAGUAUAUGAUGAAUCCUUUUAAUUUUUUAUUUCUUGUAUUUUCUUAAUGUAGAUAGUUUACAAGCAGAGGUGCUCAAUUCUGAUACAUGACCUGUUCUAUGGUUUUUCUCAAAA